ACGUUAGAAUCUCAUAAAGCUCGUCACUGUAGUCCGCAACUUCCCCCCAACACUUCGAACGAGAAAAAAGCCGCGCUUCGAAACAGCAGUCGAAGCUUCCUUACUAUAAGCCCAAAUGGCUGCCGCAAUUUCAACUGUCGGAACUGUUAAUGGGAAGCCGUUGAGCUUUAACAACUCGAGCUCGGUGAUCCCGAGCUCGGGCUUCUUGGGCAACGGCCUGAAGAAGGUGAGCUCCAGAAUCACGAGCCCGAAGCCUUCAUCUCGAAGCUUCAGGAUUUGCGCCGAAAUUGACGAGGACAAGCAGACCGAGAAGGACAAAUGGAAAGGCCUCGCCUACGACACUUCCGACGACCAGCAAGACAUUACCAGAGGCAAAGGCAUGGUCGAUUCUCUGUUCCAGGCUCCUAUGGAUAGCGGAACCCACUACGCCGUCAUGAGUUCCUAUGAAUAUCUCAGCACCGGUCUUCGCCAAUAUAACCUGGAUAAUACCGUGGAUGGAUUCUACAUCGCUCCUGCUUUCAUGGACAAGCUCGUUGUUCACAUCACCAAGAACUUCAUGACCUUGCCGAACAUCAAGAUCCCCCUGAUUUUAGGUGUCUGGGGUGGAAAAGGUCAGGGUAAAUCCUUCCAGUGCGAGCUCGUCUUCGCCAAAAUGGGAAUCAACCCCAUCAUGAUGAGUGCUGGAGAGCUGGAAAGUGGAAAUGCCGGAGAACCAGCAAAACUCAUCCGGCAAAGAUACCGUGAAGCGGCCGACAUGAUCAAGAAAGGGAAGAUGUGCUGCCUCUUUAUCAAUGAUCUUGAUGCAGGUGCGGGUAGGUUUGGUGGUACCACGCAGUACACAGUGAACAACCAAAUGGUGAAUGCUACACUCAUGAAUAUUGCUGAUAACCCAACCAAUGUCCAGCUCCCUGGUAUGUACAACAAGGAGGAGAAUCCUCGUGUCCCUGUCAUUGUCACGGGUAACGACUUCUCCACGUUGUAUGCCCCCCUCAUUCGUGAUGGUCGUAUGGAGAAAUUCUACUGGGCUCCCACUCGUGAGGACCGAAUUGGUGUCUGCACCGGUAUCUUCAGGACUGACAAUGUCUCUGAUGAAGCCAUCGUGAAGCUUGUUGACAGUUUCCCUGGUCAAUCCAUUGACUUCUUUGGUGCUCUAAGAGCAAGAGUCUACGACGACGAGGUUAGGAAGUGGGUAUCGGGCGUGGGAGUCGACAGCAUCGGGAAGAAGCUCGUAAACUCAAAGGAGGGCCCCCCAACUUUUGAUCAGCCCAAAAUGACUCUUGAGAAGCUGCUUGAGUAUGGCAAUAUGCUGGUGCAGGAACAAGAAAAUGUGAAGAGAGUCCAAUUGGCCGACAAGUACUUGGCCGAGGCAGCUCUGGGAGAUGCCAAUGAAGAUGCUAUGAAGCAGGGAACUUUCUAUGGUUAGAACCCCGGUAUCCCUGAGGCCAAGCAGCCCAACAAGUCAAUCUUCCUGUUCCUGAAGGUUGCACUGACCCAGCUGCGACAAACUUUGAUCCAACAGCCAGGAGUGACAAUGGUAGCUGCCAGUAUUAGAAUCCUCUGUUAUCGAAGGUUGGGAUGUCCUAAAAACGAUAUCCAUAAGUUCACUUCCUGUUUAUAUUAUGAGAUUUUCAAUGCGACAGUCUUCCUGUUUGUGUUACUGGUUUUUUUAUAUGACAUAUGCUUCUCAUUUACUCUUGA